ACAGACCCCACCGUGCAGACCGUUGAGGCUAUCGGCGUUACGCUAGACUUAGAUAAACUAGCAUCUGUUUAAAAGGACAGUUGUAUAGUAUGCUGUAUACGCUGUGUAUUCUGUGUCUGUAGAGGCCAAAGGAUAACCAGGCACACAGUCUCACUCUGACAGACUCACAUUACCACCAUGGUGUCGUACAAGCGGCUGAACCCUGAAGAUGUCCAGUUUUCCAGUGGAGUUUUGUCAGAGCUUCGCCCUGCUCAAGAGGAAGUUGCAGUGCCGGAGCCAGAGGAUGCCUCCUUGCUUCCACGUCGGCCACCAUGCUCCGUCACCACAGGUCUCCUGGUGAUCGGCUGCCUGCUGCUGCUCCUCUGUGGGGGUUGGCUCCUGGGCACCAUGUUCUGGCUGCACGGCCCCUCCAAAGAGCAACACAGACCGCCGCCGCCAGUCCCAGGACAGACGCCUGACUCUCAAGUACAAACGGGAAUAAAUGACACUGCAGCUGCUUCCCGCCGUGAGGCUUGCAGUCUGAUUCCCAGCGAAUGGAGGUUUGAUUGUUACCCUGAGCGAGGAGUGGUUGUUACCCGGGAGCUGUGUGAGGCGAGGAACUGCUGCUUUAUCCCCGCAUCCACUCCUUCCCCGUCUGCCACCCGACCAUCAGGGAAAAAUGGUAUUCCUUGGUGUUUCUAUGGUACGGAUUUCCCUUCAUACUCACUUGUGUCACUGAAUGACACGCCACUGGGACAGAAGGGUAAGCUCAUAAAGGAGGUGAAGACCUAUUACCCUGGAGACAUCCUCACUCUGGAGGUGGAGAUUCGUUAUGAGACAGAUACACGACUGCGAGUCAGGAUAACUGACCCUUCAAGUUCGCGGUUUGAGGUUCCCAUCCCUGUCCCCACCGCCACCAAGAAGGCAGAAAAUCCUGAUUACAUCGUAGAGAUUUCAAAGCAGCCAUUUGCCCUCGUCGUGAAGAGGAAAUCUACAGGAGCACUGCUUUUGAACACAGCUGUGGCUCCUCUCGUCUAUGCGGAUCAGUUCCUCCAGUUCUCCACCGCUAUACCCACGGAGUUCAUUUACGGCCUGGGAGAGCACCGCUCCACCUUCCUGCAUGACUUCAACUGGAACACACUCACCAUGUGGGCCAGAGAUGUGCCCCCCAUGGAAAAGACAAACCUGUAUGGGGUCCACCCAUUUUAUCUGUCAAUGGAGAAUGGAGGGAAUGCAAACGGCUUCUUCCUGCUGAACAGCAAUGCUAUGGAUGUGGUCCUCCAGCCCUCCCCAGCUCUCACCUGGCGUACAAUCGGCGGAAUCCUUGAUUUUUACGUUUUCCUUGGUCCCAAUCCUGGUUCAGUGAUUGAACAGUAUAUGGAAGUUAUAGGAUACCCAGCGAUGCCCAUCUACUGGGCUUUAGGAUACCAUCUGUGUCGCUGGGGCUACGACAGUAGUAAUGCUACCUGGGAGGUUGUUAAGAGUUUGAGGAAUUAUGGGAUACCUCAGGACGUCCAGUGGAAUGACAUCGACUACAUGAACAAAUGUAUGGACUUCACUUAUGAUGCAACAAAGUUUGACACUCUGCCUGACAUGGUCAAGGACCUGCAUGCUCAUGACCAGCGCUACGUCAUGAUGCUGGACCCAGGUAUCAGCAGCACACAGCCUGAGGGCUCAUACUGGCCAUUCGAUGAAGGGCUGAAGAGAGGAGUCUUUAUUAAAGACGCUGAAGGGAAAACGCUGAUUGGGAAGGUGUGGCCUGGUCUGACAGCAUAUCCUGAUUUCUCCGAUGAAGUGACACAUGAAUGGUGGUACGACAACCUCCAGAGGUUCCAUGAGAAGGUGCCGUUUGAUGGACUGUGGAUUGACAUGAAUGAGCCGUCAAACUUCCUGGAUGGAUCGACCAAUGGCUGUCCAUCAAACAGUCUUGAAAAUCCUCCUUACACUCCAGGCGUACUGGGAGGUUUGCUGAGAGCCAAAACUGUGUGUGCCAGUGCACAGCAGAAGCAGUCCAUACAUUACAAUAUGCACAGUCUCUAUGGACUCAUGGAAGCUAAAGCCUCUGCAAGCGCUCUGAAGCGAAUUGUGGCAAAAAGACCUUUUGUGAUCUCUCGCUCCACAUUCCCCAGUCAGGGGAUGUACUCAGGUCACUGGCUGGGAGACAACAGGAGCCAGUGGAAAGACCUUUACACUUCUAUAGCAGGUAUGUUAACCUUUAACCUUCUGGGCAUCCCGCUGGUGGGAGCAGAUAUCUGUGGCUUCAGCGAGGAGCCGCAGGAGGAACUGUGUGUCCGCUGGACGCAGCUGGGAGCCUUUUAUCCCUUCACACGAAACCACAAUGCCAUCGACAUGAAGGGUAACGAUUUAGUUGGCAGAUAUUCGUAUGUUUCCCUUACUAAUGACCAUGUGUGUUUCUGUACUUUCCAGGGCACCUCAAUGCGCAGUAAGGGUGAGGAGGUUAAACUUCCUGCACCUCUCGAUACGAUCAACCUGCAUUUGCGUGAAGGCUUUAUUGUACCAACACAGACACCCAACCUGACUCUGUGGGUGAGCAGCGGUCAGCCUCUCCAUCUGGUCUCUGCUCUGUCUGACGACGGUUCAGCCAGUGGAGAUCUGUUCUGGGACGACGGAGAGAGCAUCGACACCUACGAGAACGACCAGUACGCCUACAUCAUCUUCAACGUCACUCAGAAGGUGAUGACAUCCCAGGUGCUCCACAACAACGUGGAGGCGACGUACAUCACCGUGGAGUCGUCCUCGUUCUACGGCGUAAAGGAGAAGCCCAGCAGAGUGCUGGUGAACUCCCAAGAGGCAACAUUCACCUACAGAGAGAACCAGGUGCUCAUAGUUACAAAUUUGGGUCUCAACCUCAGUCAGAACUUCACCAUCAGCUGGAUGUAAAGAAUUCAAUCGCUGGUUUUAUUUUUUUGCUGCUGAUCUGCAAGCAAUCUGUGAGUUUUAGGAGAGUGAUGUUUUUCAUUGUUUUGGCUCUUUACUCCACAACACUGGAUGUCAAAGGAGAUGUCAGGUAAAUGUGAAACCUCAGCUGGUUUUCACCUUUAACGAGCACCGUUUCACUGAACGCUCUGGAGGACACCUGUACAUCUCUGCAGCAAACUGAGAAGGUAAACCUCUACAGGUUCAGAUUCUCGAAGCACGUUAAAUCUCUCUUGAAUGUAGUUCACGUCAGUUUCGGGUGUAGUGCGCAUAAACGUUCUCACACUUUGCUACCAAAAGAUGCCGUUGUGGAUGCCGAUAAUGAAAGUCUUUGUUUCACUUGUUGUUUUGGAGUACAGAGCCGACAAACUGUCCAUUUGUCAGAAUUGAAAAUGAAGGUAUCCGGAAACAAGCGAGGUCUAGAGUGUGUGUGUGUGUGUGUGUGUUAAUGUAAACGUCAUCCGGCUUUGCACAGCUGCAACAGGUAAAAGCAUCUUUGUGUGCUGAACGAGCAUCCAUUCAAAGGCUUGUGAACACGCUGCCACUGACCCACAGUAGUUCUGACACUGCUUUGAAUAAUCUUUGCUGAAUUUUCACUUGAUGGAACCAAAAAGCUUGACUUGGCCUCCGUACUUUUAGUUUUUAUCUUUAGCUUUGUUUAGUCUAAACUGCAUUUUAGAGAUUCUCAUCAGCAAACAGAUGAUGUGCAAUAAAUCAACAAGAGUAUCGUCUCCCUUCCUAAAAAUGUGAGUCUGCAUAUCGCUCAUGAUGUAAUAUACUGUAUAUGCUUGGAAGCUGUUUACUGCCUAUUUUGCACUAAUUGGUAUGUUGAAGGAAGAUAGAGGUGCCUUAUGAUUCCUCUUUGUGUGUGUUUUUUGAGCAUCUCUGGGUUCUUCUGGAGGCUUCUUUGUUCAGCUUAGCCGUUUUUUUUUGUUUUUUUUUUUUUUGUCUCUGUGGAGCGUGUUAUUGUGUUGUGUGCGGGUUUUUUUUUGAUGUGGUGUGUGAUUCUGGAGAAAGUUUGUUGAUAGCAAUAUUCAGAUAGUCGGCACGUGCCAGAUUUACCGUCCUGCCUGCCCCCACUGCCCUUUUUUCCUCCUGUGCUCGAGCGCAAACGUGCACAGGACACACUGGGAAAAUGUUUGGAUCGAUCUGAGCUGCUUUGUUUGUUUCACAUUUACGGAGCCACGGUUGUCGGUAAACACGAAGAACAUAAUAGAGAUGAAGUGUACAGAAUUACUGACUCCACCUUUAGGCACAAAACUAUACUAGAGCCGAGUGUUGUACCAUCAUUUUACUGUGACUUUCCUCAGCAAGGCUUCUCUGACAGAGCAGAACUAAGAGCUAAAGCUAAAUGCAUUUCUUCAUUUCAAAAUCAGCAGCAUUCGUUCUGCCUCCUUUUGACCUUUAUGCUGUGAAAAUCUGUCCUGAAUUAUACUUUUGUGGAGAGUCUGCACCUUAUGCAUCUUUGGAAAACAACUUGUGAAAGAAACAAUAGAUGCAUGUGUGCUGCAAAAAUAAUUACACUAACCGUCCAGAUUUGAUUAUUUCAACACUGUUAUUUCAAACAUGUAAAGACAGCCUUUUUGUUAUGUGAUUUACAGUUGUGACGCCAAAUAUUUGAAGUAUUUUACCAUGACGCUUUGUGUUUUACAUUUUGUAAGUGCUUAUGUUUGAUUACAUGAACGACAUUAAAAGUAUUGGAAUUAAC